UAUAUAGAUGAGCACCACUCCAAAACCCAGAAAACCCACAGCCAGCCAUCCCUAUUUUGUUAGCAUUAAUCUCGAGCCUCUCUGCGGCCUCUCUUUCCCUAAUAUAAUAUAAUAUUGACAUGGCUCCUGAGCUCGUUCCGUCGGCUAUGAAACCCGCCGGGUACUGCACGAGACCCGUGACCGUGCCGAGCAGGGCCUACGUGACUUUCCUGGCCGGUAACGGAGACUACGUGAAGGGCGUCGUGGGGCUUGCCAAAGGGUUGAGGAAGGUCAAAACGCCGUAUCCUCUGGUCGUCGCGGUGCUUCCCGACGUGCCGGAGGAGCACCGUCGGAUCCUGCUCUCUCAGGGCUGCAUAGUCCGCGAGAUCGACCCCGUUUACCCGCCGGAUAACCAGACCCAGUUCGCCAUGGCCUACUACGUCAUCAACUACUCCAAGCUCCGUAUCUGGGAGUUUGUGGAAUACAGUAAAAUGAUAUACUUGGACGGGGACAUCCAGGUGUUUGAGAACAUCGACCACCUCUUUGAUUUGCCGGAUGGGUAUUUGUACGCGGUGAUGGACUGCUUUUGCGAGAAAACAUGGAGUCACACCCUGCAAUACAAGAUCGGGUACUGCCAGCAGUGCCCUGAAAAGGUCAAGUGGCCAGCCGGAUUCGGCCAGCCACCGUCGCUCUACUUCAACGCCGGUAUGUUCGUUUACGAACCCAGUUUAUCCAUCUACAAGGACCUCUUGAAGACCCUAAAAAUCACACCCUCCACUCCAUUUGCUGAACAGGACUUCUUAAACAUGUACUUCAGAGAUAUUUACAAGCCUAUCCCACUCGUUUACAAUCUCGUACUUGCUAUGUUGUGGAGACACCCGGAAAAUGUGGAGCUUGACAAAGUGAAAGUUGUUCACUACUGUGCAGCGGGAUCAAAGCCGUGGAGGUAUACAGGGAAAGAAGAUAACAUGCAGAGAGAGGACAUUAUGGUGCUAGUGAAAAAGUGGUGGGAUAUAUACAAUGAUGAAUCAUUGGACUACAAGAAGCCGCCGACGCCAGCGGCGACAGCUAUGGCUGCGGGUGGUGAGGCAGAGGCAGUCAACAUGCAGCCGUUCUUGUCUGCUCUUUCGGAGGCCGGCCCCGUUCAGUUUGUGACAGCACCAUCAGCGGCUUAGAUCCUGCAUGUUUCUGGGGAUGAAGUGUGUACGUACGUACGUUGUAGAAUCAACUCGGAGUCAAGAGAUCAUCAGUUGGAAGCGAGAAUCAACCUGAAGUCAUGUGAGAGGUGGAAGCGAGAAUCAACAUCAUGAUUCAUGACUAUAUUCCUUUGUCCAAAGGAUGCAUGUGAAGAUCGAAGAUGGGUUGCUGUUUGGGAAAGGGGAACAAGCUUUCGUGCGUUUUUUGUUUUUUUUUUUUAAAUAAUAAUUUUGGGUCGGUGCAGAAGUCCUUUCCAAGUAAUUGUAAGUGGGCAUCAGUUAGCUGUUGGGUCUGUUUAUAAUGCGUGCUUAGAAAUGAAUACAAUGUGCAUUUU